UUAUCUUAUUCUUUCCUCCGACGAUUCCAUAUAAAUCGAAAACCCAUUUUUCUGAUGACUGUAGCAAGAAGAAGCCGCAGAAGUAAUAAUUUUCUUUGCAAAAACACUUCCUUUUUUAUGCAAUUUAACGUUAGUUUAGGGUUAUUUUAGCAAAGUGUUGGUGGAAUUUGAUUGUGUUUGUUGCUGAAUAAUUGAGUUUUGGUACGGCAAUGCUGCCUGUUUGCUCAGCCACCUCAAGCUGUUCUUCCCAUUCUCAGAUUUCCAUUCAUGGAGGGUUGAAUGCCAGUUCCCAGUUCCAGAAGGAUUUUGAAGCCAGAUACAUUAUGGGAUGCAGGGGCUCUCUGGGCUUGUCAAAGGCAAUGCCUUUUCAAAGAGAUUUCUUUAAAGCACACGCUACAAAGUCGUUGUAUUCGAACUUCGUGAAAAGCACAGAACAAUCCGUCUCUGUGGAUUUUGUUAACAGGUGUUCCCACUCAUAUGAACCAGACCAUCUCAAGUGCAAGUAUUCAGACGUGUGGAGCUCUUCUACUGGAACCAUGUAUGAACAGCAUCCGCCGGGAAGGGUGGAACUGAAGUUUGUAGACAGCUCUAGCCUAUUGGCUCCUGAUGAGGGACUCGUGGACUUUACUAAUCCGUCAACUGAAAAUGCAAGUGUCUUACCGGCAGCUGUAGAACCUGAAAGCUUAUCAGCUACUGAUUUAACACCGGGGAAUUCCACCUCUGUGCCUGACUCCCUAGAUGUGGAUAGUGAUCGAUUAUCCAGUGUGAAAACUAGUAUUGAGGAUUUUAUUGAUGGGGUUAGCAAGUCUUUCAGUGCUUCAGUAGACAAGGGCGAAGAUAUAGUUAAAACCUCUGUAGAUACAAUCACUUCAUCAUUAACAUCUGUUGUUAAAAGUGCUACCGAAGCAGUGGAUAAUACUGUUGGCGGAUUGUUUUCAGCAGUGGAUCAAACGGGACAAUAUGGUGGUAGUAAAAUGACAAAAUUUUCAAGCGACUUUAAGGAAGCCACAAGUAAAGGAGCUGUUGUUGCUAUUGAUGUCUUGAGACGUUCAAUUGUUGUGGUGGAAGAUUCUCUAUCAAAUGGGGCUUCCUUUGCUGUUAGUUCUUACCAGUCUGCCAAGGCCUUUCUCCCUCCUGACAUCAGUGAUGCGCUAAAUUUGUCUGAAAAGAGAGUUGCAGAGUUCUUGGGGCCUGCCAAAACUGCUUUUCAACAGGUUUAUAUUUCGAUUGAGGGGUUGGAGGAAAAUCUUGGCUUGGACCCAAAUGAUCCGGUCAUUCCAUUUGUUCUAUUUCUUGGCACCUCGGCCACUUUAUGGGUCAUUUAUCGGGUGUGGACAUACAGUGGUUACGCUGGAGAUUUAUCUCCUCAAUCGACAUUGGAGCUCUUGACAGGGAAAGAGAAUGCUGUGCUCAUUGAUGUCCGACCUGAGGUUCUGAGAGAAAGAGAGGGGAUUCCUGAUCUUCGACGAGGAGCUCGCUUUCGCUAUGCAAGUGUGUCCCUACCUGAGGUUGAUGGCGCUGUAUGGAAAUUAGUGAAGAGUGGAAGGGAUCUUAAUGACACCUUAACUGCUGCUGUUAUUAGGAACUUGAAGGUUGUUCAGGACAGGUCCAAGGUCAUAGUUAUGGAUGCUGAUGGUACUCGUUCCAAAGGUAUUGCAAGAUCCUUGAGAAAGCUUGGGCUCAAGAAACCGUACUUGGUUCAAGGUGGCUUUAAGUCUUGGGUGAAAAAUGGUCUCCGUAUUAAGGAACUCAAACCUGAGACAACAUUUACCAUACUCAAUGAGGAAGCUGAGGCAAUUCUGGAGGAUAUCAGUCCUUCUCCGGUGCAAGUUCUUGGGUCUGGUGUGGGAUUGAUUGCAGCAUGGUAUGCACUAGUAGAGUGGGAGAAGACAUUACAACUGAUUGGCAGUUGUUGGUGUUGGUCAGACCAUUUAUCGGCGGGUGGCAUCUUAUGAGACCGCAGAUGAUUUUAAGAAAGAUGUGAGGCUGCUGCUUUCUCCUGUUAGACUGGGAGCUCAGGCACUUUCAUGGACUGCAGGAAAAUUGGAAUCAAACGGCAUUGGACUGCCAACAUCUCCUUCAUCCUCAGAUGUCAAAAACCGAGUAUUGCAGGCUGCUGCAAAGCAUGAAUCUCAACCGUCUGAUACAGAAGGCAUCCAAGAUCCAUCUCCUGACUCAAAACUUCCAAUCAAAGAGAAUGCUGAUCUGUCAGAAGCAUAAACGUUGAUAUUUUCUUGCAGUAGCCUGCACUACUUCAAUAGAACCUCGCGUUCUAACCCGAAAGUCGAUCUGAGCUGUAUUAGCAAGCUAAUGAAGGUUACUUAAGCUAAUUAAGUGAUAAUUCUGUUAGAAGAUACACUCUGAAUUAAGGUUGUGCAAAAUUAUUAAUAUUAUUGUUAUUAUUAUUAUUAUUAAUAUUUUAGACUCUUC